GUUUUACAUUUAAACAGACUAUAAAAUGAACUACAAAACUCUAUUGUUAUCAUUUUGUUACAAGGCCGUAAAACCACACCACACAAUCAAAAUGUGGAAAUUUAUUUUUGCAAUUUUCAUACUGAGUGUUUUGGUGGAGGCUGAGAAAGUCAACCCCAAAAGAUUCGCAUUCAUAGUUUCUAUUAGGAAAGAUAAUCAACAUAUAUGUGCUGGAAACAUAGUGUUCAGAAACUACAUCGUGACGUCGGCCCUUUGUGUCGAAGGAUUAAAAGCUAAAUCGCUGGUUAUUCAUAUAGGCACAGUUAACUUAAAUGAAAAAGGAGAUGCCUAUAAGGUAUUAGAAAUUAAAAUCCAUCCAAAUUACAAUAGUAAAAAGUAUGAAUAUGCGGCCGCUCUGCUAAAAACCGAAGACAUGGAAUAUAAGAGAACAGUAAAUCCAGUUGGUGUAUCAGGAAGUCUAAUUGGCGAGGGAAAAGAAUUGACGGCUGCUGGAUGGAAGCUGAAAGGUGACAGAAGUCCAAAUGGUUUAUUGCAAUCUAAAAUGGUAACUUCUCUCUCAAAUAAUGCUUGUGGCAAGAAACUGAAGACAUCUAUACCCGACUCCGUAAUCUGUACCGAAAAUGACUCUGGUUAUAAUAAGGAUCGGGAAUAUUUUAGUGAUGUUGGCGGCCCAGUGCUGGAAAAGAGAUCGUUAGUUGGAGUAAUUGUUGCAUCGAAUCGGCCUUCAAACUCCAGCCAGCCAGACAUAAAUGCCCGAAUGUCAUCAAUGCUGAAUUGGAUGUUUGACACCGUGGUAAAAUCCUAGACCACGAGGACCUUUCCAAAAACUAAAGAACAUAUAUGGAUAUAAAUAUAUGCAUUUCAUAUCUAACAUUGCAUUAAUAUCACUGAACUUGGACUAUAAAAUCAAAUUUUUAUUUUAAAUUUUUAAAUUAACGCUUAUAGCGUCUAUAAUGUCUCUGAUUAAAAUAUGUAUCUGAUUUUUUUUAAAUAAAUUGGUAAAGAUAUCAAAAUCAAGUAUUAAUUUCCAAUAGAAUUUUAUAAAAAAAUUAAUAAAAAACGCCCGAAUAAAAUGUA